AAUUGUUAUAAGAGCCCCCGGAAGGCCGAAAUUCUCGAUCCCUAGCGAAAACCAAACCCUAGAAAAAGUCUCCCUUGCCUUGCCUUAACUCUUUCACAGAAAAAGAAGUGUUGGAGGUUAAAUAUUGAUUCCCCUUUCACUUUGCAAGAGAAAGGAGAAGACAACACCUAAAAAGGAAAAAAAGCACCAAAAUGGACGCUAUGAGGAAACAGCUCGAUGUGCUGAUGGGUGCCAAUCGAAAUGGCGAUGUACGUGAAGUGAAUCGCAAGUACUACGAUCGCGAUGUUUGCCGUCUCUUUUUGUCUGGUCUUUGCCCUCACGAGCUCUUCCAAUUAACGAAAAUGGAUAUGGGACCAUGCCCAAAGGUCCACUCUUUACAGCUGAGGAAAGAAUAUGAAGAAGCCAAGUCAAAAGGUGUUGAUAAUUAUGACAGAGAAUUAGAAGAUGCCAUUGAUAGACUCAUUGUCGAGUGUGAUAGGAAAAUUGGCAGAGCUCUACGGCGUCUUGAAGAUGAGGAUGCCAAAGCUGCUAUUGCAAUAUCAGUUUCUGAGGUUACACAGACACCUGAAAUUCUUGAGCUGUCGAAGCAGAUAAAGGAGAAACUGAAAGAAGCUGAUCAACAUGAUCUUGAAGGCAAGACAGAUCUUAAGAUUCGAGCACUGGAAGAAGUAGAAGAGCUUAGAACUACAAGAGCAGACAAGCAGUCAAUAUUACUUUUGGAUGCAUUCAAUAAAGAUAGAGCAUCGCUGCCUCAACCCCUGCCAAAUCCACCGCCAUUGGCACCUUUGCCUGUAGCUGCACCUGAUCCUCAUAUCCAGGAGAUGAUAAACGAGAAGCUAAAGAAAGCAGAAGAUCUUGGUGAGAAGGGAAUGGUGGAUGAAGCACAAAAAGCUCUGGAAGAGGCUGAAGCUCUUAAGAAGCUGCCUGCUAGACAGGAGCCUGUUCUGGACUCCUCAAAGUACACAGCCGCUGAUGUCCGCAUUACUGAUCAAAAGCUUCGUGUUUGUGACAUUUGUGGAGCAUUUUUAAGUGUUUAUGAUAGUGACCGGCGUUUAGCUGAUCAUUUUGGAGGCAAGCUUCAUUUAGGUUACAUGCAAAUCCGUGAUAAACUAGCAGAGCUUCAGGAAGAGAGAAACAAGAGCCGCAAACUUGAUCGAUAUGAUGACAGAAGAUCAAAGGAACGGAGUAGGGAUCGUGAAACAGAGCCCAGUCGGGAUCGUGAUCGAGGAGAGAGCUGUGAUCGAGGGAGGGAUCAUGAUCGUAGGAGCAGGGAUCAGGACAGGUAUCAUGAACGAGAUCGUGGAUAUGAUCGGGACCGGGAGAGAGAUUAUGAGCGCUCACGCAGUUAUGAUUCAAGAAGUCGUCGUAGGUCACGUUCUCGGUCUAGGGAACAUUCUAGGGAUUAUGAUCGGCACAGGCGUGAUCGCUACUAGGAUGGAUGAUGGUUGCAAUCAAAGUGGAUGGAUAAUGAAAUGAUGUUCUUGUUUAGGUCGGUGAUGAAAUCAUGUAGGAUUGUUGUGUUGGUUUUAUGCAAAGUAGGAUUCAUUUGGGGGUGGAGUUUGGCAGUUUUCUGGUGUUUUUUGCUGGAUGUAUUGACUUUGACUUGACUGCUUCAAAGAUUUCUCUGUUGCUUAAAUAUCUGGGAGAGGUACGUUUUAGUGUUUUAACAACAUAUUUAUUUCUCACUAA